CCGACCGGUUGUCUUGAUUAUUCUUUUAAACCCAGGCAGAGUGUAAACUGGACGACGAGAGACUGAGGUGAAGGCGGAAUCAGGUAUGUCUGAAUCCGCAGGCAGCAAAGACAGAAAAGGCGGAAGAUGAACCAGCAAGGCUGAAUCAAGAUACGACAAAGUUAAAGGUUGAAUAAGUAUGGCUGAAUCUGCUGGCGGUAGUCGGAAAAUAGGCGAAGAUGAACCAGCGAGGCUGGAUCAAAGUAAAGGGAAAAGCGGCAAAGCUGAACCAGCGAGGCUGAUUCAAGAUAUAAUAGAGUUAGAGGCUGGAUCAAGUACAGCUGAAUACGCUGGCACAAAACAGAGAAGAGUCGAAGUUGAACAAGCGAGGCAGAAUCAAGAUAUGAUAAAAUUAGAGGCUGAAUCAGCUUAUGAUGUGCUCCUGAGUUCAGGAUCCAAUAUCUUUAAAUUCGACGAUAGCCUCUAUCACCGCUUGAAAGCUGGCAAUAUUCGCGUUUUCAAAUAUGACAGAACCCCCCUUACUUCCGAAGAGCUUCUGCUAUCGGUCUACUGCUCCAAGAUCUAUAUACCUAUCUUUUCCCUAAACUAUGCUUAUAGACCUCGGUGCCUUGAGAUGCUCGCUCUCAUGGUAGAAGACACGUCUAGAUCAGGUGGGAAGAAAGAGAUCCUGCCCAUUUUCUAUGAUGUGAAACGGUCUGAUGUGCAGCUGGAAAAAAAAUCACUCUACAGAGACGCCCUGGAAUCGCACAGGCAGAAAUUUGGCGCUGAGAAAGUCAAGAAGUGGAAGGAGGCUCUCGUGAAUGCUGGUAAAGUCAAGGGAUGGGAACUAAGCUCAUACGAAGGGAAAGAGGCACUUAUUACAUCCAUAGUUGGAGAAAUUUUGCAUAAGCUGAUGAUAGAGCACAAUUUUGUGCCUGAAGAUCUAUCCACUUGUGAUAAUCCCAUACUAUCCGACAGGACCUCGGGGCUUGAAGACAGUCAAGAAUCGAAAAUAAUGGAAUUAUUGGAACUGGAAGUAAGCGACGUACGAAUUGUUGGAAUCCAUGGGAGAGAUGGCAUUGGAAAGACUGCUCUUGCCAAGAGCAUAUAUGACCGAAUAUCCCUUCACUUUGACGCCUGCAGUUUUCUUGCAGAGAUUGAAGAAACAACGCAGCAACCUGGAGGUGCUCAGUAUCUUCAGACCAAGUUGAUCUUUAAUAUUUUAAAAAGAGAGUGUGAGGUUGCUUCUGCUUUCAAAGGAGUACGAUAUUUGAAAGGAAUAUUAAGGAGUAUGAAAGUUCUCAUUGUUCUUGAUGACGUGGAAAAUGGGAACCUCCUCAAGGAGUUUGUAGGAGCUAAGCUUGAUUGGUUUGGUUCUGGAAGUAGAAUAAUUGUUACGUCAAAAGAAAGCAGAGUUCUUCAAGGGUUUAUUGCUCGAGGGUUGGCUCAUACUUACAAUGUUAAUCCGAUGGAUGAUAAACAAGCUUUCAACUUUUUCUGGCAGUAUGCAGCAACUAAAAGGAGUGACGAACUACAUUCUUAUGUUAAAAGUGCAAUCGAAAUAGUGAAGGCCGCGAAGGGACUUCCACUACUUCUCAAAGUUUUUGGUUCUUUUUUGCACAAUAAAGGACUAGAAGAAUGGAAUAAAUUCGAAGAUCUCAUACAACAAUUUCAGGAAGAUUACGAGAAGAUUCUGUGCAUAAUUUAUGAUACAUUAGAUCAAGAUCAAAAUCAGAUGUAUCUUGAUAUUGCUUUUUAUACCCCAGAUGUCGAUUGUCGAAUUGCCUCGUAUAUGUGGCGCUGGUAUUAUUAUGGUCAUCUUGUAAUCAAGGACCUUUGUCGUAUGUCCCUAAUAAAAAUGGAAGAAAACAAAAUAGGCAUGCACAGCAUGCUAAGGUGCCUUGCCAGGAAGAUUAUUCGUGAAGGUUUCCAUGAUCCUGGAACAGAAGCUGGAUUGGACAUUCCUGCCAUAGCCCAGGACACGAACAAGGGGAAAAAGGGAAAAAACCCCCUUAACACUGAAGAGGAAGGUCUUGAAUUCCUACCGAACACGACAUUUCUCAGCUUGGGUGGCGCCAAUAUUGGUGGAAAGUUUGCCGAUGCCUUAUUGAACGUUCGGUGGCUUCAUUGGCAAGGGUGCCCUCGAGAUGCGAUCAACAUUCAUUUAGAGAAAAAUGAGAACCUAGUUAUUCUUGAUCUUUCGUGGAGUAAGGUUACAGAAUCCUGGGGAGGUUGGAAAAGAAUUAAGAUGGAGCGUUUGAAAGUCUUGAAUCUUACAGGUUGUGGGGACUUAUUAAUUAACCCCAGCUUCUCUUGUUGCCCAAAUUUGGAAAUACUGAUCCUUGAGCGAUGUUCUCGAUUGGUUCAUUUAGAUCCUUCAAUUGAUGAUCUGAAGCUCUUGGUUACCCUGAAUUUGAAGUUCUGCUCCGAACUUAGCGUGUUGCCAGCAGAAAUGAAUGGAAUGAAAGCUUUGAGAGAGCUCCUGAUUGAUGGCACUUCCAUUCGAGAACUUCCUGAGUCGAUAGGCAAAUUGGUUCAACUGCAAAUUCUUAGUGCCACUAAUUGUUUCUCAUUAGUUCGUGUUCCUGGUUCAAUUCGUAAACUUAAAGCUAUUAGGGUGCUAGCCUUGGAUGAUGCAAAUAUUCUUGAACUCCCCAGAUUAAUUGGAGACUUGGAGGAACUUAGACGCUUGUCUUUAAGGGAUUGUCGUGAGCUAGGAAAGCUUCCGGAAUCCACUGGCAAAUUGGGAUUCUCAUUAGUAGAGUUGGAUAUUUCAGGUACAGGUAUUUCAAGAUUGCCUGAUUCAACUAAAAACUUACGGUGUUUGAAAGUGCUAAAAAUGGAUUCUUGUUUCUUAAGAGAGUUUCCUAAUUACAUCGGAGAGUUGAAAUUCCUAGAAGAAGUACAUGCCUCGUGGUGUAGGAGUUUGGAGGGAGUCAUUCCGAGUGGUAUUUCGAAACUAAGUCAUCUCAGAGAACUGAGGCUUCGGGCUACUUGUAUAUCUGGCCUUCCAUCAGAAAUCCAGAUCUUGUCAAGGCUUCAGACUCUGGAUUUGCUACACUGCGACCAUAUCAAAGAGUUGCCUACCCUUCCCUCUAACCUAAUUGACCUCUAUGUCAAUCCCAACUUGAUGCCAGAAAUGUUAGAAUCUCCAAGACAUUUACCGUGAUAAACAUUACAGUGUUAGUUUGGAUUAGAUGGUUGUGCUAUCACUUGUCAUAGUUAGUGCGGUUGAUUACACUAC